GCACAGACAGAGCGUGAGGGCGAGAGCAAACUGACUGACAACGGGGGAAGGGGCGGCUCAUUGAGCGAUAGACUGGAUGGAGCAGAGAAAUAAAACCAGUUAGCUGAAGACGGAGUGGAAAGACCGAAAGAAGAAAGAGAAAACACGCUCGUGUUAUAAUCAGAGGCUGUGUCGGGUUUAAACACGCACGCUGAGCUGAGAGGAGCCACAACAAGAAGGAGCCAGUGGGGAGAGUUCACCGGCUUUUAUUUUUCCUCCUUCCCUCCCCCCCUCCCCUCCCCCCCUUCUCUGCAACCUCCUGCCUCCUCUGAAUGAUUGAAGCCAUGCCCAUCGUGUCUGCAAGCACAGGGCUGCAUGAGACUUUGGCCCUGCUCACCUCUCAGCUCCACUCUGAUGCCAACCAUAAAGAGGACCUAGUCUUCCUCAAGGAUGUCUUCAGUGAGAAAAGCCUUGGUUACCUCAUGAAGAUUCAUGACAAACUGAAGCAAUAUGAGAAACACAGCCCGACUCCAGUUCUACAUAGCGCCACCUGUCUGGCAGAGGAUCUGGCAGAAGAGCUUCAGAACGGGCCGCUGGAGGACGAUGAGAGAGAACUGCUUCUCCUGCUGAGCACUCCUCACCUUAAGGCAGUGCUGUCCGCUCACGACACAGUGGCCCAAAAGAACUUUGACCCUGUGCUGCCGCCACUGCCAGAGGAUCUGGACAACGACCUGGAGGAAGAGUCAGUCAAGAUUGUCCGCCUGGUGAAGAACAAAGAGCCCCUGGGAGCGACCAUCCGGAGAGAUGAAGCGACAGGAGCUGUAAUCGUGGCCAGAAUUAUGAGGGGAGGGGCAGCUGACCGUAGUGGUCUGGUGCGUGUUGGGGAUGAACUUCGAGAGGUUAAUGGAAAUCUGAUAACCCACAAAAGGCCGGAUGAAAUUAGUCAGAUUCUGUCCCAGUCACAAGGCUCCAUCACCCUGAAAAUCAUUCCAGCUGUUGUAGAAGAAGACAAAAUGAAGGAAAGCAGGGUCUACCUUCGGGCUUUGUUUGACUACACGCCCUAUGAGGACAAGGCAACCCCGUGCCAAGAGGCGGGACUUCCUUUUAAGAGGGGGGACAUUCUUCAGGUUGUUAGCCAGGAGGACGCUACCUGGUGGCAGGCCAAGAGGAUUGGCGACUGUAACCUGCGCGCUGCCCUCAUCCCCUCUACACAGUUCCAGGAGAGGCGCCUGAGAUACAGAAUGAAAAUGGGUUCUUUCCCUGCCCCUAUGUCCCCCAAAGCUCCUGCAUAUGAUCGUGCUGGGAGAGAAGACUGUGACAGUGAGGGUGCUCUGAAUGGAAAGGACAUAGUUUCUCCCAAAAGUAAGGCAACCCCUGUCUUCUGUGGCAAUGCUCUGUCAUGGGAUUUUUACUCAGCUGGCCUGCGCAGAACUUUCCGCCUUAGUAAAGAUCGCCAGGGUUCACCAGGAGAACCUCAAACUCCAGAUGCCAAUCACACAGAGUUCCUGAUUUAUGAAGAAGUAACCCAAUAUCUGCCCCGCCCUGGUGAAAGGCCUCGUCUUAUAGUACUGAUAGGUUCCCUGGGAGCUCGGAUAACUGAACUCAAACAGAAAGUGAUCGCUGAAUAUCCUCGACGUUAUGGUUUGGCUGUUCCUCACACCACUCGAGCCAGAAAGUGUAAUGAGAGGGAAGGAGUGGAAUACCACUUCAUCACCAAAGCAGCUUUUGAGACCUACAUCCAGAGUGGCAAAUUUAUUGAAUAUGGGGAGUAUAAAGAUAAUCUGUAUGGCACCAGUUUGGAGUCCAUUCACAAAAUUUUGGAUCAAAACAAGGUCUGUCUGGUGGAUGUGCAACCCGAGGCACUGAAGACUCUACGUAAUGCUGAGUUCAAACCAUAUGUUGUGUAUGUAAGGCCUCACAUCGAUGACAGUCAAAGGAAACCUCUUGGAUCUUCUUCCUCACUCAGCUCAGGAAUCACAGAGGAUGACCUACAGGAAAUGAAACAGUCGGCUGAGCAGAUGGACAAGUGCUAUGGCCCCUGGGUGGACUAUGUCUUGGUGAAGGAGGACCCAGUCAGUGCCUUAGCUGAGCUCCAGGUCGUACUGGAGAGGGUGCAGAUUGAGUGCCAGUGGGUGCCUGUGUCCUGGGUAAGGAGCUAGCCUGGUUCAAGUUGGAUCAGUGGACCACAGCAGGUGGAGGACAGGUUAAACUCCGGAGGUUCUGAGUCAUCCAGUGUUUACUACCAUACUAACAAUUACACACGUACAGGUUUGUGAAAGUUGGCUGAGUUACGGCAUCACUGUAAACGUCAAGCGAGCCUUUGUUCUAGAUUCAGUGUAAAAUGGCAGUAGAACUGACAGGCAUUUAGCACAACCAAGUCAAAGUUCUACACUCAGUAUGAUCAUUAUGUAAGAUGUGUAAUGUAAAGUGCCAUAUUGCGCAUUUAUAACAUGAGAAUAAAUCUGCAGACCAUCUUGUCAUGCUGCUGUACUAAAUGUAUUAAAUAAGAAACCUGCAUCCGUUGGCACUCCUACUUGAAGACUGAGAAAUAAAACCCAUGCACCCUC